CAUCUCACACUCGCCACAUCACCAUUCCACCUCACGAUGGACACACGUAGACGUACGCUAGCACAGGACAACAACAUCUCCAACAUGAACCCCGUCAGCCGACUGCCCACCUCGACCUCGAAACCUCAAGGCGCGCUCCGUUCUUCCGGGUCAAACGGCAACAUGCGAGCCAGCUUGCUCGGCGGAGGUGGUGCGGGUGGCUCGCAAUCGAGGAUGAGCUUGGCUCCGGGUUCGAUGGGUUUGGGACAACCUCAACAGCCGAUGAUGGGUGGGAUGGGAAUGGGGAUGGAUAUGGGUGGGAAUCGACGAAGCACGAUGAUGCCCGGACUAGGGGGCAGUCAGGGUCAAGCGCAAGGUGGAAGACGGGAUGAUCUGAUGGCUAGCGGUGGGAGGGGAGACGCGGGUAUCUAUGGGAGGACGCCUGGCGGCAGACAGUCUGUCAUGAGCGCCAGUGCCACGGCCCGCCGCUCCUCCUCGUUCGCCUCGGCAGGCCGCCAAUCCCUAGCCCCUCUGUCUUCCACCCCACACCACGCAUCCCUCUCCUCAUCUUCUUCCAACAACAACCUCCCCGACCCUCGUCAGAUCCGUAACCCAACCUUUCAAAAACAAUGCCGAGACCAACUCUCCGAAUACCUCCUCUCUUCCCGUUGCAACCUCCCUCUCACAUCCAAGACUCUCAUUUCGCCUACGACCAAGGAAUUCCAAUCCAUCUUCAAAUGGCUCAUCACCUCCCCCGACGCCCUAGGUUAUUCGUCCGGGUACACCCAGAGUCUGGAAGUGGGAGCGAAAGGGUUCGAAGCCGAAUGCGUGCAGGUCUUGAAGGACUUGAAGUAUCCGACGGAUGUGGGCAAGACGGCACUGGGAGCACCGGGGAGUCCGACGAAUUGGCCGACGAUCUUGGUCAUGCUCGUCUGGUUGAGCGAGUUGGCAAAGGCCCUACGUCAAUGGUCCAACCCCUACACUUCGACCGACCCGCUCAUCCGCCCGCUCUCCACCUUGUCCACGCAAGACCUUCAAGCGGAAAACGUCGGCGACGUUGUCUCGCGGCUCGAAAAGGAAUAUUUCACCGAGGCUUAUGCGGCGUGGUGGGCUCAGGACGAGGAGGGGGAAGGGGUCGAGUUUGAGGGGCCGAAGAGGAUGUUGACAGAGAGGUUUGAGGCGAUCGAGGCGGCGGAUAUAACGAGCCUGAGGGAAUUGUCGGAACAAAAGGAACAGGCGGACAAGGAGUUGAACUUGUUGAAGCACGAGCCGAACCCCCUGACGGAAGCCAAGAACAAGGAGAUGAACCUGAUCAAGCAUAAACAGGACCAGUUGAAGUACCUCGAUCUGUACCGCGAAAAAGCGAGGAAACAUCAACAGGCGAUCGAACAGGGUCGACAGGCUCUGGUCAAUGUCGAGGCCGAGAUCCAGCAGCUCGAGCAGGACAAGGCCGAGCUCGAACGUCAGGUCGCCGAACAGAACCUCACCCCGGACGAGGUGGCCAGGAUGAACAGCGAGCGUUCGACGCUGAGUGAAUCCAUCCGAGAAUUGUCAGCCGAGUUGCAUAAAAAGACGAGAGAGUUGGGGGAACAAGAGAUCGCCGUCACACGCCGGAUGGACGACAUUGAUUCCCUCGUCGGCAAAUACAUGCACGGCAAGGCCGUCAUCGGUUUGAACGCGAGUUCGGUGCAACAACAGUUCGAUAUCGAUUUCAACGUCGACGUGAACAUGGCCUCGUCCGACUUGACCGCGGUCAACGUCGUCGGUCAACGGAUCAAGGAAUCGAUUAGACCCGGUCUGCAGACGUUUGGGGAACAGCUGAGGACGGAAUGGAGGCAGCAUUCGAACCAAAAGAUUGAAUGGGACGACAAGCUCGACCGAUUGGGUUCCGAGCUCGAACAGCGACGGCAUCAGGUGCAGGCGCUCGAGUUGAAGCUGGCCAGUUUGGAGAGCGCCGCCGAGGCCGAGAAGCAGAAACUAUCGGUGCAGACUCAGGAUACACGGCAACUUUUGGCCAAGCUCGAGGCGGAUGUGGGCGCCAUGUCCAUGUCGAGCGAUCAAGAGCUGCUCGCCGUCGAGACCGAGAUCCAGCAGCUCAAUUUCGAACGUCAAGAGAUGAUCCACCGUGGCAACGCGACGAGGGAAAAGACUCAGCAAGAAAUCAUGUUCCAGCUCGAACAGAUCAUCCGGGCCAAGCAAUACGUCACCGACAAGUUGAACGAGCUUACAAAGUUUGCUCAACAACACGCUUAGCACCUGCUUUGAGCCUUUCGUGUCCUGUUGCUUUCUUCAACCUUUCGCUUUCGCUCGAGCUUGUCAAUUUUGUUUUUCUUGUCUGGAUCGAGGUGUUCGACUCCCACCUGCCUCUUGCUUGUACGCAAAACAAUCAUAUAAUCAGGGUUCCUUGCCGUGACCCAUGG